AUGGCUGCCAGGUUAAUAACAAAUACUCCGCGGUUUUGUCACAUCACACCUGUACUGUGUCAGUUGCACUGGUUACCAGUAGGUGUCGGGAUUAAAUUCAACAUGAUACUUAUAACAUCUAAAGCAAUACAUGGACUGGUUCCAUAUUAUAUACAAAGUUUAAUCGAAGUCAAGGAGAAGUCCUCCUACAACCUUAGGUCAAAUGAUGAACUGUUACUUGCUCCACCGAAGUUCAAGUCUGAAAAGACCUUAGGCGAGAGGGCUUUCCAAGUGGCUGCGCCGACUCUGUGGAACAAACUUCCAAGUGCAUUAAGGAUGGAAACAAGCUUGCAGCCUUUUAAAGCC